UUCUGCCAAUUUUUUACCACCACCUCCGCGUCAUUAUUGGCCUUUCCUUCACAUGAAGCUCCUGUGUGCUGGACAUGGAGGCCUACCACAAGAGGGACAGAGAGAGGAACCCUUGCUUCUGGUGAACACUCAGGUCGUACCUGUCACAUCCUGCAGGGCGACGAACCCUUCAUCGCAUCAGACCAUCGAGCGGCCUGGUUCGCUGUCUCAGUCGAUGACAUUGGCCAGCAGCAGAUCAUUGUGGCAGAAGACAACUGGACUACCCAGAUUAGACAACUCAGCUUUCAGCACUGCAUACUCUUCCUCCAGCUUACUUUUUGGAGGGAUCAGCUCCAAGAACCUGCAAAGUUUGCAGUUGCUGGUCAAGAACUGAAAAUGCCAUCGCUCUCUCCAACAAUGUCGGAAGGAACCAUUGUGAAGUGGCUGAAAAAAGAAGGUGACCCUAUUGCUCCAGGUGAUGUGCUUUGUGAUAUACAAACAGACAAAGCUGUUGUUUCAUUUGAAACUGAAGAAGAGGGAAUUCUUGCAAAAAUUUUGGUCCAGGAGGAUGCUAAAGAUGUAAAAGUAGGAACUGUUAUAGCACUCAUGGUGGCUGAGGGUGAAGACUGGAAGUCAGUUGAGGUCCCCAGUUCAUCUGAUGCAUCAUCUUCAAUUCAAUCACCACCACCAACAGUGCCAUCAUCAGAACAAACAUCGAAACCAGGAUCUGGGGUUGCAGGGCAAGAAGUGAAAAUGCCGUCACUCUCACCGACAAUGUCAGAAGGCACUAUUGUGAAAUGGCUGAAAAACGAGGGUGAUUCAGUUUCUCCUGGAGACGUGCUUUGUGACAUACAGACUGAUAAGGCAGUCGUGUCAUUUGAGACAGAAGAAGAAGGUGUACUUGCUAAGAUAUUGGUUCAAGAAGAUGUGAAAGAUGUGAAAGUAGGCACACUGAUCGCUCUGAUGGUGAGCCCAGGAGAAGACUGGAAGAAUGUUGAGAUUCCUUCUGCCACUGCGCCAUCACCUCCGUCUGCACCAAGAGCAACAGCGAAACCAACCGUGGCAGCACCUCAAUCAGAGAGUUUAGGACCUGCAGUCCGCACGCUGUUGGAACAGUACCAUUUGCAGUCCAGUCAAAUAACUGCUACUGGCCGUAAAGGAAAACUACUUAAAGGAGAUGUGCUAAAAUAUAUAACAGACAAUAAACUGAAACCAAAGAUACCAAAGGAAGUUCCUCCACCAUCUGCGCCAAAAGCAGCAGCACGCACUCCAGCGAAGCCUCCUAAACCAAGUGUACCAAAGCAGGUGGGGGAUGGAUACAUUGAUACUGAGGUCACUUCAAUGAGAAGAACAAUUGCAAAAAGGCUCACAGAAUCCAAGACAACCAUACCGCAUGCAUAUGGAGUAACUGACUGUACAAUUGAUAAGCUUAUCGUUCUGAGGAAACAGCUGAAGGAGGACGGAAUAAAAGUGUCAGUCAAUGACUUCGUGAUCAAAGCAGUUGCACUGGCCCUACAGCAAUGUCCUCAAGUGAAUGCCCUGUAUAAGGGAGAGGAGGUAACAUACCCAGUUGAUAUUGACAUUUCUGUGGCAGUAGCCACUGACGCAGGACUUGUAACACCGAUUGUAAAAGCAGCUGAUGCAAAGGGUCUUGAAGAAAUUUCGGCGGCAAUUCAAGAUUUGGCUAAGAAGGCCCGGGAUGGAAAAUUGCAGCCUCAUGAAUUUCAAGGCGGAACCUUUACGGUGUCAAACCUUGGAAUGUAUGGUGUGGAUGAAUUCAGUGCCAUUAUCAACCCACCACAGUGUGGCAUUUUAGCAGUUGGAGGAAGCCGAACUGUUCUGGAUGAUGAUAGAAACCCUGUCACAAAAAUGAAGAUCACAUUGUCGUAUGAUGGCCGAGCAAUAGAUGAAGAGGUGGCAUCAGAAUUCUUAGAUGUUGUUCGAGAAAUGUUGGAAGAUCCAUCAGUAAUGCUUCUAGGUGGACAACGAGGUUUAAGAGAGAAGAUUGGGUUCUAGUUGCGUUACUUCUGUUGAUAUGUUCACUGGUUUGGCUGACAGAAAAUGGGUCUUUCUAAUAGCAUGUGAGUUUUCCAUGUGUGAAAUGUAGCUCCACCUUUGUUAAAGACCUGCAGUGGGUAGUACAAAAUGCAGUUCCAGUCCAAUACAUGAAGGCCUUCCUAGUGAAGCAGUUUUCUUCUCCCUUUUAUUAAGGUGCUCAAGAUGUCAUUUGAUAUUACUUUAUCUGUGACUAUUGAUUAUGAGUCCUAAAGUUAUAUUUUAAGUGGUGCAAGCAUCAUCAUUCCCUGUUAAAUUAUAUUACCUUAAAGAAUAAAUUUCAGUUGCAUUUAUGGCUUAAGUAAAAUAGUGUACAGUUCAAAAUUAUUGUUGAAUAGAUGUAAAUACUGUUGCAAAUAGGAUAUUAUAUUUAUAAAAUUCA